GAGAGAGUUUGGUGGUCGAGGUGGUGGUGGUGGUGUCUUCCGAGAGGAAGGGAGAGGGAGAGAGAGCGAGGGAGAGGAAGAGAGGGAGAGCGUAGUGGCGAGUCAGAGGAAGAAGUGGUGAAGGAACAGGCCAGGACGAACGAACGGGAGGGAAGGAGCGAGCGAGAGAGAGAGCGAGAGGAGAAGAAGAAGAAGAGUAUUUUGUGGUUUAAAUUCUUAAUUUGUUUUUCAGGGCAAGUGCUGCUGCUGCUUGCUGCUGCUGCUUUUUGCUGUGCGUCCGUCUCAUUGCGCUCCGCUCGCAUCGCAUCGCAUCGGGUUGCUUGGAAGCAAGUAAGCGAGCAAGCUAGUAAGCAGACAGGCAGGCAGGCAGGGGACGCACGCAGGCAGGCAGGGCACGAGAGAGCGACAGGCGCAUCCGAACGAGAGUGCAAGUGAGUGAGUGAGUGAGUGGGUCAGUGAGCGAGUGAGCGAGUGAGCGACCGCGAGCGAGAGGGAAGCAGCGAGCGGAAGAGCAAAGCGAGCGAGGGAGCAACGUGAAAGGAAGGACAUCGCUCGCACCGUCGUCUCAGCGCGGGCACUCGGAGGGACGAGGAAGAGGAAGAGGAAGAGGACGAGGAGGAGGAAGAGGAGGAAGGAGGAGGAGGUGGUGGUGGGGAAGGAGAAGGUGGUGUUGGUGGUUUUGGCAUCUGCGCUGCUGAGGAGAGUUGUGUCAUCAUCUGUCUCGAGGAUAACGACUUUAGGGCACGAGGAGUAAGGAGGAAGAGGAGUGUUGUUGUGGUGGUGAGUGAGAGCGGAGCCAGAGUCGUCGUGGUUGUGGUCGUGCAUCUCUUCAUCGUAUCUGAUAGGUUACGGAGAUUGGAGGAAGACGAGAGGGGGAUUGAGUAGCCUUGGUUUAGUAGGCUUGCGGGAUCGAUAAAGGCCCGAGGGUCGGGUCGGUAAAAAGAUUGGUGACCGUGUGCAUCUGUAAGAGGCGUCUUGCGAAUCUUGGCUAAUUCACAAUCUGUGAACAAUAUAAGAGUGUGUAUGUGUGUUUUUCGGGAUCGACAGGGGGGCGGGGGGGUGGGGCGAGGGCCCCGGAUGGCAAGGGCAGCAUUUCCUGUUCAUAACCAGCAGGGUUUUAUGAAGCUGGCGUGAAAGCCGAGGAGCGAGGUGCAUGCUGAAGAAAGUGUUUAGGAAGGCAUAGCUUGGUUGUGCGAUGAGGCGAGUGUAGUUUAUCAUGUAUUCUUGCCCCGUUGCGCGCAGAUCUGUGUCACUGCAAUUGGCGCGAGCGGCAUGAUCGCGCGGUUUGUCGUACGAGGCUGUGGUUCUGUCGGACCUAGGCUACUUCCUUGCGCUGCCAACGCGAGAAGUCUGGACCGGGACCAGGACUAGGGCGGUGAUUCUGCUUCGUCGUCAAUAUGGCUCGCUACUGAGGUUUCCGGCGCGUGUAUGGACAGAAUCAGCGAGCGGUAGGGUACCUUGCUCGACUUUGAUGCUAAUUUCUGCCCUAUUGCAAAUGCAUUGGCGGCUGCUGGUGCGGCCGAAGAGAAAGGGAGAGUGCUGGUAGAAAAACAGGUACAGGCGUGUGCUGGCCACACUUAGGAUACCGAGAAGAGAGAGGCGGUGUGGCAAGGGUAGGCGCCGAGGUAUGAUUAACAAAUUGUCGAAGCGCCUGUCUAUUCGCACCAAACAGGCUGCCAAGCCUGAACCUCAUGAGCCAGGAUCCGCAGGAGCCCCGACUUCUGGAGGGGGAGGAGCCGCUGCGCCCACCCCGGCACCAGCUGCGGCUGCCACUCCUGCUACUGGCCCUAAUCCACGCGGGGUAACGGCUCCAGCCACCGGAGCGAGAGCGCCUCCAGCACCUAGCCGGACCAGCAACGUCGCCACGCCGGCCCCUGCAGGCCGAGUCGGACAGGGCAAGGAUAAGAUGUCGCCCACCUUAACUCUCAACAAUGGUCCCGGUCCCUUUUUUGAGCCUUUGCCUGCUUUUAGAGAUCUACCCAGUGCCGACAGACAGAAUCUGUUCAUCAAAAAGCUCAAUCUUUGCUGCUAUACGUUCGACUUCACUGACCCGACCAAGAAUGUCAAGGAGAAAGAGACUAAGCGUCAAACUCUUCUGGAGCUGGUGGAGUAUGUGACUUCGGGGACAGGAAAGUUCACUGAAGCUGUGUUUGAGGAUAUCACUAAAAUGCUGGUAACGAACCUAUUUCGUACUUUGCCCCCUUCUUCUCACGAGAACACAGGAACCGAAAACUUCGACCCCGAAGAGGAAGAGCCUACCAUGGAACCGGCGUGGCCCCAUCUUCAAAUCGUGUACGAGUUUCUUUUGCGCUACAUUGUGUCGUCUGAGACUGAUGCAAAGCUGGCAAAGAGAUACAUUGAUCACUCUUUUGUCCUCAGACUGCUAGACCUAUUUGACUCAGAGGAUCCGAGGGAGAGAGAAUACUUGAAAACAAUAUUGCACCGCAUUUAUGGUAAGUUUAUGGUACAUCGUCCAUUUAUACGCAAGGCCAUCAAUAAUAUCUUUUAUCGUUUCAUAUUUGAAACAGAAAAGCACAAUGGGAUAGCCGAGCUACUCGAAAUCCUAGGAAGUAUUAUUAAUGGAUUUGCUCUUCCUCUCAAAGAGGAGCACAAGCUGUUUCUAGUGCGGGCCUUGAUUCCCUUGCACAAGCCGAAGUGCGUGUCGAUGUAUCAUCAGCAGCUCUCUUACUGUAUAACUCAAUUUGUGGAGAAAGACUUCAAACUGGCAGACACUGUCAUCAGAGGCCUGCUGAAGUACUGGCCAGUCACCAACAGCCAGAAAGAAGUUUUGUUCUUGGGAGAGCUGGAGGAGGUUCUGGAGGCCACUCAGGCAGCCGAGUUUCAACGCUGCAUGGUUCCCUUAUUUCGACAAAUUGGCCGAUGUCUUAACAGCGCACAUUUUCAGGUGGCAGAACGGGCUCUGUUUUUGUGGAAUAAUGAUCACAUUGUGAGCCUGGUUGCACAAAACAGGCAGGUAGUGCUACCCCUCAUUUUUUCUGCACUAGAAAGAAACACCAGGAGUCAUUGGAAUCAAGCAGUACACGGGCUUACUUUGAACGUGAGGAAGAUGUUUUUGGAGAUGGACCAGGAUCUUUUCCAGGAAUGCCAGCGAAAGUUUCAAGAGGAUGAAGCCAAAGCAAAGGAUUUAGAAGAGAAGCGGGAGAGUACUUGGACCCGUUUGGAGGCAGCUGCUACUUCUAGACCUUUAAGUUCGGAGGCAAUGUUGGGUUCACAAGGCCUAAACAACAAUCUUGCAUAUGGCAACAGGGCAAUGGAUGGAGAAAGUCAAUAAUCACACGGUGCCUGCCACAAAUAGCCGAACGGAAUUAAGCUCUACUAGUCCACUUCCGACAAACGCGGUAUUCAGCGAAUGUGCCAGAGCAUACCUUCACAAUCGGACUGCUGGUGGUUUAGGUUAAAGCGGUGUCGAACUCCUUGCUGAUGUCUACAUAGGUUGUCGUGAUGGGCGAGUCCACGCGGAGCUCAACUUUACAUACGGUCUCGCGCAACAUGGAUGCUAUUGCUAAGAGGGUCAUUCCGCCUGACCUAGUCCCUUCGCCUGACUUCUAUAUAUCUUAUAUUUAAGUAUCUUGUGCUACCACUACAUGUCAAGUUGUCCGCACAAAUAGGAACUGACGUGCCGUGCCUAUCUCCGGGAGCUGGACUAGUCUAGUCAGCGGAGAGCUUUCAAUACGACACUGGCAGUCAAUGGGGUAGUGAGUACGUCUGCCCACGUAGAAUAACUGGCUCGAGCGAAUAGGCUUCGGUGCUUUUGACGGUAGGUCUAUCUGAAGAUAAUUAUUCGGACUAGAUUUCUUUGUAUCGUAUCAUCCUUGUCGAGAUGUCUGAAGUCAAUUGCGUACCACCAAUCGCGCUGAACGAGCUCCGAAAUGUUUUGUUCAGAACGGGUCUGAUCCGGAGCUGAUAUUUUCAGGGUUAGUGUAGUUUGUUGAGCAUAUCUGCCCAGUACUAUAGUCUUGGCUUGUCUGAAACGUACAAACAUAUUUUCAAGGAAUGGAGAUGGCAUGCUGCUCUUUCUCAAACACUUUC